AUGAGUUUAAAUAAAUCAGACAAAAUGCCUUCACUGGAUUCAAAUGUUGUUAAAAUAGCGGUUGAAAUGGAAUCUGAAAAUCCACAACUUAAAGAAUUCAACCAAAAAAUACCUUUAUCAAACAUAAUUCAGGAUCUGUGUAAUGGCUGGGACUUGAAUGAUCCUGAACAAUAUGCAUUAAAAUUUUCUGAAAAAACCAAUGAAAACUAUGUUACUGAAAAAAAUCGAAAUGAAAUUAAAAAUGGUUCUGUAUUAAGACUGGCAUUUUCUCCUUCAAAGAUUGCUUAUGAAAUAUUGCAAACUCUUCAUUCUGAAGGGUCUGAUGAUAAAAAUGAAAGAACUACUGCUCUACAAAAGUUGGCCAAAUGCAGUACUGACAUAACAUUUGCUCUUGAAUUCAUUAAUAAACAAGGACUAGCUCUCAUUAUUAGUCUUAUCGAAAGAGGUAAAUGUCAAGGAGCAAUGUUAGCUAGUGCAUUAGCUUCAUUUGUUGAGUUAAUGGAUCAUGGGAUUGUAUCAUGGGAUAUUUUAGAAACUCCAUUCAUUAAUAUGGUUGCCAGCUAUGUUAAUAAUCAAACAUCCAGGCCUCAAGAAGCAAAAGUUGUUCAAUCUUCAUUAUCUAUAUUAGAAAGUAUUGUUUUAAAUAGUUCUGCUAAGUAUGGUCAAGUAGAAAAAGAAGUAGGAUUUCCAAACCUAGUAUUACGGCUUGAAAAUCAAAACCCCAUUAUACAGCAAAAUGCCCUUUCUUUGAUUAAUGCUUUAUUUUUGAAAGCUGAUCCAGCUAAACGAAAAAUUAUUGCUAGCACUUUGUGUUCUAAACAAGUUCGUAAUGUUAUACUACAAAAUAUCAUACAAACAUCAUCUGAUGAAGUUGGGUCUGAAAUGGCUCAUCAGCUUUAUGUUAUGCAAACAUUGUGCUUUGGAUUGCUCGAAGAAAGAAUGAAUACCAAAAUGGACCCACAGGAUCAAGAUGCUCAUGAAAAAAUUAAGGAGUUACGUAAAAUUGCAUUUGAAUUGGAUACAAUUAGCGGUGGAGAUGCUAAUCGACGACAACUUGGACCUUUCACAAAAGAUUAUAAAAAGUUGGGCUUUAAGUAUGAUAUAAACCCUGCACUGGAUUUUACUGAAACUCCACCCGGAAUGUUAGCUUUAGAUUGUAUGGUGUAUUUUGCCCGUAACCAUGUUGAUGCUUACACAAAAGUUGUUCUUGAAAAUUCAUGUCGAGCAGAUGAACAUGAAUGUCCUUUUGGUCGAUCUUCCAUAGAAUUAGUACGCUUACUUUGUAAUAUACUUAGAAUUGGUGAACUUCCAAGUGAACAAACUACUACAUACCAUCAAAUAUUUUUUAGCCAUGAUCAUCCUUUCCAUGAAUUAUAUUGUGUUUGUAUUGUUUUACUGAAUAAAACGUGGAAAGAAAUGAGAGCAACAACAGAGGAUUUUGUAAAAGUAUUAAGUGUAGUUCGGGAACAAAUAACUAGAGCUCUAGGUUCGCAGCCAGCUAAUUUAGAAAAGUUACGACAAAAGUUAUACACUCUUACUUACUCUGAAAUUACUAAUUUAUGGCAACAAGAACGUACUUCAAGAGAACAAUGGGAAAGCCAUGCACGUCCUAUAGUACAACUUAAAGAAUUGGUUACACCAGAAAUUGUACAACUUAUCAAAAAACAAAGACUUAAUUACAUGGUUGAUGGCACAAGAUUUACUAAAUAUUCUCAACGCGGACAGAGAGUAAAAGAUAAGUUUUGGUUUGUAAGGCUAUCUCAAAACCAUAAAGUUCUUCAUUAUGGUGAUUGUGAUGAUAAAAGUGUCCCUACCAUUGAAGAACUUCCAAAUAAGUUGGGAGUAGUUGAUAUUAAAGCAUUACUUACUGGUAAAGACUGUCCUCAUAUGAAAGAAGCCAAGAGUCGAAAAUCUACAUCAACACAACAACUUGCUUUUUCUUUGACUUUAGAUUCUGCAGAAAUGACUCCCCUUCAUUUUGUCGCUCCAGAUGACAUGGUUUAUGAUUAUUGGGUUGAUGGAAUAAAUGCAUUACUAGGAAACAAAAUGACAAGUAAAGAAGCGGAAAAUGAUUUGGAAACAUUAUUGUCAAUGGAAAUAAAGCUUAGACUUUUAGAUGCAGAAGGGGUUGGUGUAGAUAUUCCUCAAGAUCCACCUCCUGUGCCCAGUGAUCCACCAAAUUACGAAUUUUGUUAUGAUUUUAAAUGAAAUUUUUAAAAACUAUUUCAUAAUUGAUAUGUAAAUGUGUAUAAAUUAAGCUAUUUAAUAUCUUUUAGUAUUGGAGUGGUCCCACAUAUUAUAACCAUAACCACUAGUUCUAGCUUUAAUUAUGAUUUACGCAGUUGUAUGUUUGGUCGUACUACCAUAUUAUUUUGUGGUACUACACAGAUAUUAACAAUAAAAUUCAAUUUGCUGUCAACAAGAACAUUAUAUGAAUCAAAACUGUUAGAGUGCAGUGUGUGGAAUAUUUUGAUCUAAAUAGGGGAAAUAUAUUUUUAUAUUUAAUUUGUGUCUUAUACUAGUUAAUUAGUAUUUAAAAUUAUUUCCAUUACUGACAUUUAUAGUAGUGUUCGUGAAUAAAUUUAUUAUUUUUUUAUACUCAUUCUAGUCUGUACAAUUGAAAAUAUAUUUAUUUAUUAUAA